UCCACAAUAUGCAACCCAAGAACUAGAACAAGAGGAGGAUCGAGAGGAGGCUCUCUCGCUGUGUGACCUACCACUCAACGACAUGUCGUCCGUGGAAGUUCGUCCUUCCUCCUUUUCUGAAGCUUCCGAUUUGUUUGAGUUCUUCAACGACGUCGCCGUUUCCGACAUGUGCCCCGCUGACGAGAUCGUCUUCUGUGGUGAUCUCGAACCCUUCAAGCACAGACCUCUCUCCAAUUCUCCUCCGGUUGAUCACAAACCCGUUACAGAAUCCAAUAUGCAGCCCGCCCGACGCUUAAGAUCCGACCCUAUUUCCGGUGUGCGAUUCCAUGUCUCUCGAUCCAACAGUGUGGGGACGUUCGCGAAUUCUCCCUGCUCCGUGAUGAUGCAGAACAGCAGGUCCCUGGAUUACCGGAAGCUUCGUCGGUCUUCGAUCUCCGUCGUGUUUAUGGCUCCGGAAGCGGAGCGAAAUUCUUCGACGGUUAAAAGAGCGACGUUUAAGCCGCGCUGGUGUUCCGUGAUGCUUGGGACAGUUAAGGCACCGGCGGAGAUGGAGCUCAGCGAUAUGAAAAACCGGCAGGCUCGCCGAAACCCGUCAACGACGAUGUUCCCCGCGGUGAUUAAUGGAAGAGGGAAGAUGGUGGAGAAUCGGAGAUCGGGAAAGUUUUCGUGGAGGAUUCUGAGAGCCCUAACUUGCAAGGACCGGAGAAGUGUAUCGGUGAUGACGUCGAUGGCCGUGCCACAGGCCACAUGAUUCGAAGUCACGUGAUUUGCACACCCAUAUUUGGCCGGAAGUAACCUCUUGGCCUUGCUUGACGUCGAUGAAGGCGAUCGCAGUGCAUGGUAGGGGCAUUUUAGUCAUCCUAGUGAAUCUGAUAGUGACAUUGCGCAGAAGGAAAGAUGAUGUACAGUGGCAAUCCAUGAGGGAUAAUGGUAUGCCCUUCCAGGAUUCUCUUGCUCUAAAAUAUUUUGUUUUUUUAGAAAACAAAUAUUAUUAAUA